CGUUUAGGCUGUGUCCGAAGGAAAGUUCCAAUUUUUAUUCACGGAAAUCCAGUUAAGGUUUCCACAUUGAACAAUCACAGCUGUACCAUUUGUCGAGAUCACAACACUCAAGUGUCUUAGAUUUAGCAAGCCUAACUAUUGAGUAAAUGACGGCUUCAUUGCACUUGUAUGGAGUUAAAGCUCCAGGCCUUGCUUUAAGUUCAAAGAGGCUUGAGUUUGGCUCAAAGGGGUCUAGUUUUUCAGUUACAUUGCCAUCAAGUAGUGCAGUCUUUAGAGCCGUAGAGCAUUCUUGUAGGAAUAUAGCUUUGAGAGUUAGUUGUGAAGAUGUAAGAGUCGAUUUGCUUGAAAGAAAAGAGCCCGAGACCUGCAAUUCAAGCGCAAAUGGCAAAGAGUUGACAUGUGUAAUGAAAUUCGGCGGUUCAUCAGCAGAGAGGAUGAAAGAAGUUGCCAAUCUUAUACUCAGCUUUCCAGAUGAGAGGCCCGUCAUUGUGCUAUCAGCAAUGGGGAAGACGACUAAUAAGCUUUUGAAGGCUGUUACUUGCGGUGUCACUAACGUAGAAAGUAUUGAAGAAUUGAGCUUUAUAAAGGAACUCCAUUUAAGAGCUGCUCAUGAGCUUGGAGUGGAAACAACGGUUAUUGAAAACGAAGAAGAAGAAGAAGAGUUUCGUGUUCUUCACAAAGCUAUUAGAGAUGGCGGAGCACUUAGCGUCAAUUUUCGGAACGGAGAAGGAUCACGUGAAUUGUCCUUUCUACUUCAAAAUCGGCGCUUGUCGUCAUGGAGAUCGAUGCUCGCGUCUCCACACCAAGCCAAGUAUAAGCCCUACGCUUCUCCUUUCGAAUAUGACUUUUAUGAGGAUCUUUUUGAGGAGCUGAAUAAGUAUGGUGAGAUUGAGAGUCUGAAUGUCUGUAACAAUCUCUCUGACCACAUGGUUGGUAAUGUGUAUGUGCAGUUUCGAGAAGAAGAGCAAGCAGGAAAUGCGCUUCGCCAUCUUCAAGGAAGAUUCUAUGCAGGUCGUCCGAUCGUUGUUGAUUUCUCCCCUGUCACCGACUUUCGUGAAGCUACUUGUCGACAGUAUGAGGAAGAGACUUGCAAACGUGGUGGAUACUGCAACUUUAUGCACCUAAAAAGCAUUAGCAGUGGAUUAAGGAGGCAGUUAUAUGGAAGAUACAAAAACAGGCAUAGCCAUAGCAGAAGUAGGAGUCCUUAUAGGCAUCGUAGUCACGAAGAUCGCUCUCAUGAAAGGCAUAGCCGCAGUAGAAGGUAUGAUGAUGAUGAUGGUGAGAGCCGUAGCAGGAGCAGGAGAUACAGGAGCAAUAGCCCUCGCCACAGAAGAGGACGGAGGAGUAGGAGCAGAAGCAUAAGUCCUGGUGGAAGGAGACAGAGAAGUCCUGUUAGGGAUGGGAGUGAGGAAAGACGUGGUAAGAUUGAGCAAUGGAACAGGGAGAAAGAAGAGCUCAGGGCAAAUGACAAAUGCAGCGAUGGGUACAUAAAGAAGGACAACUAUCAUCAGGAGCGGUCCUUUCAACAAGAAGGCUGUUGAUGCCAUCUGUUUGGUAGAACUUUGUAUGUUGCUCAUAGUCAUGGUGUCAUUUAUCAUUGUGUGUGUGUUUGCUUUGUUCGGGUGUGAGUUCUAUGUAGUGCAUGUAGAACUUUGUUUGUUACAGUCAGGGAAAAUAUGACAAGUGCAAGUUGGGAAUAGAGCGAAUGCAACCAUAACUCUCUGUACUGGUUCUGGUCAUCUAAUCAUCAACUCUUAUAAUUUUUCAAUUCUCUUUGGCUUUGUUAUUGUAUGCUUACGGUUUUUGAGAGUUUUGCAGGUUCAGGUUUGGCCUUGUAGAGAUGAUAGGUGCGAAAAGGUUUGUU